AUGAGCUCUGAAGACGAAUUGGGAAGCAUUGGUACCGUGUCUCACGGUAGCGCCAUAAAUAAGGGCACUGAGAGUGUUCUGCCCGAAGUUGAUGAAGAAGUAGAGACUUUACUGGAGGAUGUCUUCACGUGGAACAUUCCAGACUGGAAUGAGCUAACGAAUCCAAAGUACAAUUCUCCGAGAUUUAAGAUUGGUGAUUUCGAGUGGGACAUUCUGUUAUUUCCGCAGGGGAACCAUAACAAGGGUGUUGCGGUCUACCUGGAACCCCAUCCAGAGGAAAAAUUAGAUGAGACUACGGGGGAGAAGGUGGCAGCGGAUCCGGACUGGUAUUGUUGUGCUCAGUUUGCCAUUGGCAUUUCUAGGCCCGGCAAUGAUGAGACUAUUAAUUUAAUAAAUAAAUCUCAUCACCGGUUCAACGCCCUAGAUACAGACUGGGGAUUUGCCAAUUUGAUAGAUCUGAACAACUUGAAACACCCCUCUAAAGGGAGACCGCUCCCUUUCUUAAACGAAGGAAGUCUAAAUAUUACUGCGUAUGUACGCAUUUUGAAGGACCCUACCGGCGUCUUGUGGCAUAAUUUCCUAAAUUAUGACUCCAAGAAAGUAACCGGCUAUGUUGGAUUCCGAAAUCAGGGUGCCACAUGUUAUUUGAAUUCGCUACUGCAAUCUUAUUUUUUCACGAAGUAUUUCAGGAAACUAGUUUAUGAAAUACCCACUGAACAUGAAAGUCCAAAUAAUAGUGUUCCCCUGGCUUUACAAAGAGCUUUCUACCAGUUGCAAGUGUCAGAUAUACCAUUAGAUACGAUGGAGCUUACCAGGUCAUUUGGUUGGGACACAGCAGAGUCCUUCACUCAACACGACGUGCAGGAAUUGAAUAGAAUCUUGAUGGACAGACUGGAAAACAACAUGAAGGGGACCCCCGUAGAGGGAAAGUUAAGUGAAAUAUUUGUGGGAAAAAUGAAAAGUUAUAUAAAAUGUGUCAACGUUGAUUAUGAAUCUGCUAGAGUGGAAGACUUUUGGGACUUGCAACUAAACGUCAAGAAUUUCAAGAAUUUACAAGAAUCUUUUGAUAAUUACAUUGAGAUGGAACUGAUGAAUGGUGAAAAUCAAUACGCUGCUCAAGACUAUGGCUUACAAGAUGCCCAAAAGGGUGUUAUAUUCGAAUCUUUUCCCCCAGUUUUGCAUUUACAAUUGAAAAGAUUCGAAUACGAUUUCAAUUACGACCAAAUGGUGAAAGUUAACGACAAGUAUGAAUUUCCUGAAACAAUUGAUCUGUCGCCUUUUGUUGAUAAGGAGGUCCUAAAGAAAUCUCUGGACUCGGGAGAUAAAAGUAGGAAUCCGUACGUUUACAAUUUACAUGGUGUGCUGGUUCAUUCUGGUGAUAUAUCUACAGGUCAUUACUAUACUUUGAUAAAACCUGGUGUUGAAGAUCAAUGGUACCGAUUUGACGAUGAGAGAGUGUGGAGAGUGACCAAGAAGCAAGUUUUCCAAGAGAAUUUUGGGUGUGAUAGGCUACCUGAUGAAAAAGUUCGUACCAUGACAAGGGAGGACUAUCAAAAUUAUAUCAUCCAGCGUCAUACAAGUGCUUAUAUGCUUGUUUAUAUACGCCAAGAACAAGAAGAGGACUUACUGCGUCCAGUCUUGGAAUCUGAUGUUCCCAAUCAUGUGAUCACAAGAGUAAGAGAAGAAAUCAAAGAGCGGGAGACGAGAGAAAAGGAAAUCAGGGAAGCUCAUCUGUACGUUACACUCAGACUACAUUCAAUGAAAGAAUUUAUCCAUUAUGAAGGAUUUGACUACUUCGCGCAUGACGGGUUCAAACUCUUUGCAGAGGAUCUCAAUGACUCCAAUAUGCAGCACAUCAACUUGAAAGUUUUGAAAACAACCAAGUUGUCAGAUGUAUUUUCAACUAUUAAGGAAAGUAUGGAUAUUCCAAAGGAAAGGGAUGUUAGGUACUGGAAAAUGGACUACCGCAGAAAUAACACUUUACGUUUAACACGACCUAUCAAUUUUGAAUCCGUAGAUAUCACUUUGCAAGAGGCAUUAAAAACUGAGAAAAAAAGAACUUUAGAAACAAGAUAUGGUGAAGAAGGUGUUGCUAGUAUUAAUGAAGAUGAUAAAACGCUUUUGGAAACAGUGUCCUUCUUGGACCUUUUCAUUGAGGAACCCUACUUGGAGUUACAAUUUUUGAGCAGAUUGAAGGAAGCUUCCCUAAUCCAGAAGGCUCAGCUGGAUGAUGAAUUGAUUUCCAACAUAAGAACAAAUCUUCCAAAAUUGACAGAGGGAGGAAUCGAGCCUCUUUUUGCUACAGAAAAUAACUCGAUUUUUCUAUUUGUGAAAAAGUACGAUCCACAUACUCAAAGGUUAUGUGGAUUUGGCCAUUUUGCUGUGAAUCAAUUGCAACAGCUAACUAAUUUAUCUGCCAUCAUUAAAAACAGUAUUGAAGAUUCUAACGAAAAGUUGGUUUUCUACGAAGAAGUGCAACCUGGAACCAUAAAUGAAGUAUAUAUGAAAGAGACAGUCUAUGAUGCUGAUAUAGACACUGGAGAUAUAGUUUCAUUCGAGAUCCCAAAUGCUGUUUUACCAGAUACUUUUCCUAUUUACCCAACGAUCAACGAUUUUUACUCUUAUCUGAGGUACCGUGUGAAAUUGAAGUUUUCCAAAGUCGACGGUUCAAGUGAAGAAUAUGGUGUUAGCAACGAAAUUCCAGAGAGCUUUGAGUUCUGGAUUUCCGCUCAUGCGCCCUAUGAUGACCUUGCUAGAAUGGUGUCGAAGUUUGCGCAUGUCAAGCCAGAAUACCUAAAGAUAUUUGCUCUCUAUUCUAAUGGAAAAUUUGUGCUGAAGUCAACCUCACUUCUGAAUGACUACCUUUUAAAAGAUUUUAAUUGCGAUCAAAUACCACCUUUUGCGUUUGAAGUAUUGUCUGUACCUUUGAAAGAAUUGGAGCGUUUGAGGCCUAUUAAAUUGUAUUGGCUUAAGGAUAGUUAUAUACAUUACCAAUGCUUUGAAUUUGAAGUUGCUAAUGAUUAUACAGAAUCUCAGUUUCUUGAAAAAGUUCAGCACAAGAUCGGUUUCACUGAUAAAGAAAAGGAAAACAUUUUACUUUGGACUAACUCAAAUUUCCAGUUUCAAGGUUUAUUAUCAGAUCAAAACACUUUCAAAGAUGUGAGUAAAAGUUCUUUACUUUUUGGUAGGAUACUUCCUGAAGAAUCGAAGUUGUUUAAAGAAUUAAAUCGUCUAGAGAAUGUACAAGAAUCUUCAUUGGAAGAUUUUAUGGAUGACGAAAACGUAACAGAUAGACCUAUAGAAGAUGAGCAAGAUCUAGGUAUGGCAACAGAAAGUUCUGGCGAUGUGAAGGGCCGUAUAGUAGUUGUUCAGCAGUAUUUCAAAGAUCUUGAAAAUAAACACGGAAUAUCUUUCUUGUUCAAUUUGAUACCGAACGAAGCAUUUCCUAAGACAAAAGACCGUUUACAUGCAAAGUUUGGCCUUGGGCAGAAAGAGUUCUCAAAAAUCAAACUAAGCAUAGGUUAUUCCACCGAAGAGGGCACGGUAUUCAGAACUUUACAAGGAUUUUUGGAUGAAGAAUUGGAAAAGGUUAUAUUGUACGAUAUUAUGUCCAACUUAGAUUAUAUCUAUAUGGAUCAUCCGGAUAGAUUAAGAUCACACUCUUCCUAUGAUAGACCAAUGAUCAUCAAAAACUGA